AGGUCACGUGAACCAAGGCGAUUGGUCACUUGAACACUGAGGAAGACUGUAGUAGUAAAAUUGGAUGCGAACACAUUUUCCUUAUUUGUGUUAUCUACUACAUGUACAACUUAGAACAUGGAUGACGUAACCUACAUCGCCAACGUUGCUCGCUGCUGCAUCUCUGCUAUAGGGAUGUUCGCAAACCUGCUCAUCUUGUUCAUAGUGGCGCGCUACGCCACCAUGCGGACUAUCCACAACCUGUACGUGGCCAACCUAGCUGUUGCCGACUGCUGCUUCUGCAUCUUUGUCAUAGUCCAGGCUGCUGUGUCCAUUCGUUAUAGGCAGGUCCAAAGCGUACUAGAGGGUAUGGUUGAAGAGUACUGCCAACAGAGUCAGAUGAACUCUACAAACGUUACCUAUGUACCUCUGACAGACUUCGCGCCAAAUUUUCAGAAGCCAGUUAACUGUACAGAGAUGUGUUUGGAUGACGUCAGUUUAUCGUUGCUGAGGAAGUUCAAAGUUGAGUUUGACAGCGCGGAGAUGGUGAGUGACAGGAGCUGUGACGUAGGCCGCGUCAUCGCGGUGUUCCUGGCUGCCUCGAGCAUCUUCCACCUGAUCGCCAUCGCGUGUGAGAGGUACCAGGCCGUCACCAAGCCUUUCACUCACAGGUUCAACACAACGCCGAAAGGAGCCGCGAAAACCUGUUUAAAGAUCUGGAUGGGAGCUUUUGGUACGGCAGUCCUGGACACGGUACAGAGGAACAUCAUCUCCAGGGACUGGACUUUCUCCUACAAAAGUCUGUACGAGUGUGUCUAUCUAAAACCAGACGACCAAGACCCUAUCAGCGGGUAUCCAUACAGAGCACUACAGCUUAUCAUAUUCAUCAUCUCCUACGUCGUACCAGCCUGUAUACUCAUACCCGUAUACGCCAUGAUAUUCUUCAAGUUACAACGACGGCGACGACGAUUUUCGGCAGGACGUUCGGGGAGCCGUUUUGCGGCAAGACGACCGUCGUACAGACAUCAUGCUAUUCCCAUGCUGUUUGCUGUGACGGUGUUCUUUUUGAUCUGUUGGUUACCGUUUCAUGUGACGGCCUUCUCUAUUCACUUGUACGCGGAUGGUGAGAACAUUGCCGUGGUCUAUGUGGCCACAGCGCUCGCUGUGCUGAACUCAGUUAUAAACCCUUUUCUGUACGCUUUCAUAGGCAGCAACUUUCGGAAACACAUCUCAAGACUGUUCUGCAGAAAGAACAUGCUGUCCUCUGGCUCUGAAAGAAACACGAGGAUGUCAAACAUGUCCGUUUUCUUUUCCCGUAGUUCCGGUAUCAGUAAUGUGACCGUGACCACUACGUUGUAGAAGCUUUUGCGACGACGUACCAAACUACAAAGUUUCAACAUCCGGAAAAAUCUUGCGUGUUUUUCUGGUUUACGAAUAUGAUUUACUGGAAAUUUGGCAAAAACUUUUGGUGAUUGAAAAAUUCAACGAUGAUGGAAAGGAGCUGGAGGCAAAAGAUGCAGAACGUAAAGUUGGCCUGUAACGAUACAACGUACUUCAACUCAGUUGUUGAACUUCCUAGCCAACCCACCAACAGACGAACUAACAAACACUGGAGAAAAUGCUUCUUGCUGAGGUUAUAUUGCUACGUUAGUGAAAGGAAAGGUCGAAUGAAAAAGGUCCUUCCAACACAACCUAAAGGAACGUACCUGGCCAACGCUCAGGAGAUUUGAGAACUGCCUUCA